UCUGUCAUUUGACCAGGCAGUUCACAGAGGCAAGAGCUCAGCACCAGAGAGAAAGCAGAGGAAGAAAAUAGAGAGACAGGCAGAAGAGAACAUGUUCAGUGUAACGAUGAGCUCGCUGGAAUAUUUCACCGACUUUUAAAAAAAAAAAAUCAAAUCCUUGUUGGUGUGGAUUUUCUCUUGUCUGCCUCUUUUGAGGACUGCCAGUGUCUUGGAUGUGGGCUCUAGUACUGUUAACAGUCAACUGAGGAGAAGGAGGAGGAGGAGGAAGAAGAAGAAAACGAUCAGCUGACACCUUUUUUGGAGAUUUACACUUUGCAGGGGUAAAGCUGAAAAAGAGAGGUGGGGGGGAGAAAGACUGACUGCCAGGCCCCAUGCCCACCUCUGCUCAUGGUUCAACAGCAUGAAAGGGGGCCACCACCAUCACCAUCGCCACCACCGAGGCUGUGGCUGCCAGCACUUGUUCCGUAAAGUCCUCGUUAAAUGUGGCUGCUGCUAUGCCAGAGUCAGAGACUCUUACUCGGCAGCAGGCAGUGAGGGCAGCAUUUCCACCUCCGUGGCGUCGCUGCCGCCACAACCAUCAGGCAGCUCAGCCCCCAGUUCACCAAGCUCUAGACGCUCUGUGAGCACCCUGAAGAAGUGGCUUACAAACCCCGUCCGCAAACUCAGCGCUGGAUCCACUGCCAAGGGGGAUCGCCAAGUUCGGAAGCUUGAGGGAAAACCUCCACCUCUUCCAUCCCACAGCCAGAGCCAGGACCUGGGCAGCUCUGUGAGGCCUGAUGAAGCAUUUACCAUUCUACCUGUCACGCACAGAGAAUGGGAGUGGAAAGAUGGCCUGGCAAGCCCUGAGGACCUGUCACCAGAUUCUCUAAAACCACCUGGUUUCAUGACUGCCUCACCUGCUGACUUCACAUCAUUGCCAUACACACAGGACACUCAGUCCACCGGUGUUCCGCCUGAUGACAGUGAGUCCAUCUUGAUGGACGACACCUCCAGCCAAUGGUCCGCUGUGGCUGACACCGAGGAGGAGAGGAGAAGUGCCUUAGAGAAAAGCAUGUAUGUACUGCAGGAGCUUAUAGAGACAGAGAAGUACUAUGUGGCAGACCUGGGGCUCAUAGUGGAGGGCUACAUGGCCACAAUGAGUUCCAAAGGUAUUCCAGAGGAUAUGAAAGGAAAGGACAAGAUUGUUUUUGGAAACAUUCACCAAAUAUAUGACUGGCAUAAAGACUACUUCCUGGGAGAGCUGGAGAAGUGUUUGGUGGAGCCAGAAAGGCUGGCUCAGCUCUUCAUUAAACAUGAGAGACGACUUCACAUGUAUGUUGUGUACUGUCAGAACAAGCCCAAGUCAGAACACAUUGUCUCAGAGUAUAUUGAGACCUACUUUGAGGAGCUCCGACAGCAGCUAGGACAAAGGCUCCAGCUCAAUGACCUGCUCAUCAAACCUGUCCAGAGGAUCAUGAAGUACCAGCUUCUGCUCAAGGACUUUUUGAAAUAUUUCACCAAAGCUGGGAUGGACACUGAAGAGUUGGAGAAAGCAGUGGAAGUGAUGUGCUUCGUGCCAAAACGUUGCAAUGACAUGAUGAAUGUGGGCAGAUUACAAGGCUUCGAGGGAAAGAUCACAGCCCAGGGCAAGCUGCUUCAGCAGGACACCUUCACUGUCAUAGAGCAGGACAGUGGAUUUCUGUCUCGAGCCAAAGAGAGACGAGUCUUCCUGUUUGAGCAGCUGGUCAUCUUUAGCGAGCCCAUUGACAGGAAAAAAGGCUUCUCUAUCCCUGGAUACAUAUUUAAAAGUAGCAUCAAGGUUAGCUGCCUGGGGGUGGAGCCCAUUGUAGAUGGCGAUGAUGCACGUUUUGUCCUGACCUCACGAAACCCAGACGGGAGUGUGGUGCGAUACCAACUGCAGGGCUCCUCUGGUGAGAUCUGCAGAGGCUGGGUCAACGAUGUGGUUCAGAUUCUGGAAAGUCAGCGCAACUUCCUUAAUGCCUUACAAUCACCAAUUGAGUAUCAGCGACGAGAGAACAAGUCCAAUAGCCUGGGUCGCAGCAUGAGGCCCCCUCUGUCUGCUGCAAGCGCCUUGCGGCCCCACUCAUCUGCUUCCAUCGACCGCCACAAGCUACCCUCCCUCCACUCUCACAACACCUCUCUGCCAGCCCUCUACCUGCCGAGCCAAAGCCAAGGGGCGAGCGAGAUGUUCUCAUUGAGGGGUGCCAUUGUGGUCCAGCCUUGCCCUACUGACUCCCACACUGCUUCACCAUCACAUGUCCGACUGGGUCUCUCUGAUCAGCCAAACUGUCCAGCUGUAUCAAAUGGGCUGUACACCUCGGCCACACAGGGUGCACAGGUAGUGUAUAUGCAGCAGAGAGCAGGAGAGGGCUUCCGCAGAAGUUCAGCCUCCGAUGUUGUGACCCAGGCGGUUCUGUCCGGGCCAGCGGGUGGACGACGCCCCAGCAAUCUAGCCCAGCUAGCCGAAGACGACCUUUAAAUUCUCCUGAGUUCAAAGGUCAACACCUAAUGCUCCAGCUGUGAAGACACCACUUGUGCACUGUUUAUGCGAGACUAAGUCCGUACCUGUGGUGUGUGUUUUUUGUGGGACUUUGAAGAAACCUGAAGCAUGGAGAAACUGUGGGCUGAAUAUGCUGUAAAUAUAUAUAUAUAAAAAACUGCUUGGCUCUCUUUUAGAGAGCCACAUAAAAGGGAGGCGAUGUGGCCUUGAUCACCUCCAGCGAACACCAAGAGCACCCAGGAAGCUGCUGGGCUCAGAAUUACAAAACACUCCGUGAUAUGACAAUUUCUGCUUUCUACUUUUUUCUUUUUUUGUGAAGAGUUUGUAUUCCUCUCUUUGAAAAGGGUGGAACGAAAUCUUGGAUGAUUCCAUUCCUAAUUGGGGCAAUCACUGGAGCUAAGUGCGUGCCUGAAAGUGUGUUUGUGAAAUGAUUCGUGGAUGUGUUGGUGUGCAUGAAGCGGGCAAGGAGUGGCUCUUCUUGUUCCCACUGGUUUCAUUCUGAUGCCCUGCAAUGAAGACAAACACAGUUAUAUUCAUAUGUUUUUUAAUUUCCCUGCUGACACGUGAGUUUGCUGUUUUUGUUAACAAGAACGGGAAAGGCAGAACAUUUGAUGUGGGCAUCACAAGAACUUUAUUCGCUCAAAUUUCAUUUAAAAGUGAAGAACCUUCUUUGUUGCCACAGCGUUGAGGGGCACCCUGUGUGCUCUGAUAUUCUUUUUGACCGGCCUCACUUUGAUCUGGACGAGAAGGCAUGAGGGAGCCCCCUGGAGGUUCUCUGUGGGCAUGACGUCACUCCAUAUUUCCUUUUUUUACUCUUUGGGCAACUCCCGACGAGUUGAACAUACAUCCAAAGAGACUCACCCAAGUACUGCAUGCAACAUCUCCUAGGUCACUGACUGGCACAAUGCCCCAUUACACAUAUCUUAUGUGAUCCUUCAAUUAAUAUUAGUCAUAUUAUUAGUCCAUUGUUGUCAUGUUGACGUUCUAUAACUUUUGCCCUCAUGGAUCAUAUACUGUCCAUACCAUAAAGCAAACAUACGGCUACUUGAAGGAUGAAGUCUGACCCAGGUAUGUCCAGAACUCUCACCAAUUCAACUGGUUGUUUUUCAUGAUUCCUCGUACUGAAAAGUGCCAAAAACAACUGCAGCUCAACACUCAGAUGUUUCACAGUCUUACUAUAUGGUUCAGCUUAGCAUUACUCUCUCAAAAACAAUCAAAGAUAUUACUGUUAGGAUGUCAAAAACAAAGUUAUCAGUGACAAAAGAAGAGGAGCUUUCCUAUUUGUGGCCACUAGCCUUUGCCAAAAGACCUUUACCUCCAGUUCAGUUAGAUCAUACAGCUGCACCAAAGAUCAAAAGGCCUCACAUUUCAAAACUCAUAUUGAAAAAAAUGCCUGGAAACCUUUUCAAGGAACAACACGAACAACCACAACCGGAAUGUUGGGACAAUAGUUGAUUUUCACUCCAGUUUAUUUUGCUGAGUUGUCUUUGGAAUGACUGAUCAAGCAGUUUUGCAUGAAACACCCCUAAGGGAAUACCUCUACAGAGAACCAAAAGUAACGGAUGUAACACCGAGAUGAAGGCUGGUUAAUGUCACAUUUGGGCGACUAGAAAGAGUUGUAUCAUAUAAAAUAAAAGGUGUCUUUUUGAAGCUGAA